AAGAGAAAAAAUUUUUACAAUUUUUUUUAGUGAGAAAUUUUUACACUUUAAGUGAUUUUUUUACAAAUUUUAAAUAAAAUAAAAAAAAAUUAAAUCAAAACAAAAAAGUGUCUGUGACGUUGUUAGACAAAAAAAAAGGAGAAAAAAUCCAGACACGCAAAUUUUUUUUUAAUUAAACAACAAAAGAAAUCACGCCUAUGGCACCAACGAUGCAAGCAACUGCUCAACCAAUGAAACUCGGUCCUUUACCUCCAACGAACAUGAAUUCCCAACGUGUCGGCGCUGGCUCCAUUACGCGUCCCGGCACCGCUUCAGCUUCCUCCAUGUACAGUCACGAGACUGCACCACAAGCAUUUGUGUUUAAGCAAAGUUUCAAAUGGGACCAAGCUGACGACCAAAUUCACAGCGAGGCAUCAGCUUGCGGAAAGAUUCUAAUUUUCCUCUCGUGGUGUCUCGUGAUGCUCACGAUGCCAUUCAGUUUGCUGGUUUGCUUCAAAGUCGUGCAGGAAUACGAGCGCGCUGUCAUUUUCCGUCUUGGGCGACUUGUGCAGGGCGGCGCCAAGGGACCAGGCAUAUUUUUCAUCCUGCCUUGCAUCGAUGCAUAUGCCCGAGUUGAUUUGCGUACACGAACGUACGAUGUGCCGCCACAAGAGGUGCUGACAAAAGAUUCGGUAACAGUGAGUGUCGAUGCUGUGGUUUAUUAUCGUGUUUCCAAUGCGACGGUUUCGAUUGCCAAUGUAGAAAAUGCUCAUCAUUCGACAAGAUUGCUUGCUCAAACAACAUUACGAAAUACAAUGGGCACACGACAUUUGCAUGAAAUCCUGAGUGAACGUAUGACCAUUUCAGGAAGUAUGCAACAACAAUUAGACGAGGCCACGGAGGCAUGGGGUAUCAAGGUAGAACGAGUCGAAAUCAAGGAUGUACGUUUGCCGAUUCAGUUACAGCGCGCCAUGGCUGCCGAGGCAGAGGCAGCACGUGAAGCGCGUGCCAAGGUAAUCGCUGCCGAGGGCGAACAAAAGGCAUCACGAGCCUUGCGAGAAGCAUCUGAGGUUAUUGGGGACUCGCCAGCCGCAUUGCAGCUCCGUUAUUUGCAGACACUCAAUACGAUAUCGGCGGAAAAGAAUUCAACAAUUGUGUUUCCGUUGCCAAUCGAUAUAUUAUCGUACUUUAUAAAAGCUGCUGACGCGCAAAAGGCAAACAACUAACAAUCAGGAGUUUAAUCAACCUUAACGUUAUUGGAAUCGUAAAAUAAAUAAAUGUACUUAGCGAGCAUUGUUAGCGCAACAUCAUCAUCAUCAUAAAUUUAGAAACGUAAGCUGAUGAUAUAAAACUGAUAAAUUUAAAUAAAUAUAAAUGUUUUGCACCACAAGAUCCAUUUUCUACAUUUCAAAAAAAAAAACAAUUUUCUAACCAUCCCA